AUGAAAUCUCUGGCUUUAAUUGUAUGGUUUCUAUUUACUGCUUUUACUGUCUCAGUCAAUGUGGUUAUGAAAAAUGGGGAUGUUAUUACAGGCAUAACUCAAAACGAUGUUGAAAGUUAUAGAGGCAUUCCAUUUGUAGAAAAGCCAGUUGGAAAUCUGAGAUUUAAACCAUCAGUCCCAUACCAAGGCAGUUUGAAUGGGUUUCAAGCAACACAUUUUGGCAACCCCUGUCAUUGUUUAGAUUCAUAUGAGAUUAUGGAUUAUUUGGCAAAAUUGGUACCCUUUGCUGGCUGGUCAUCCAACCCUAAAUAUUUAAACUCUGAGCAAAGUGAAGACUGUUUAAGACUUAAUGUGUACCGACCUACUGGUCUUUCAAGGAAUGCAAAGUUGCCAGUCAUGGUUUGGGUCUACGGAGGCGCGUUUCAGUUUGGAUCCACCAUGCUUUACCCAGGCGACAGGUUUAUUCAAGACAGUGUGGAAUUGAAUGAACCAGUCAUUUACGUUUCCCUUAGCUACCGUGUAGGACCAUGGGGGUUUCUAGGGGGUUAUGGUAUUGGAGCUGAAAAUUCGACAAAUGCAGCAAUGUGGGAUUUGAUUAACGGAUUCAAGUGGAUCAAGGAAAAUAUUGAAGCAUUUAAUGGUGAUAAGAAUAGAAUUACAGCUUUUGGAGAAAGCAGUGGAGCUAUGCUUUUGUCGCAUUUAAUGAUCACCAAGGUUUUUAAACAAGAUCCUUUAUUUAAUGCAGUAAUUUUACAAAGCGGCGGACUGUUACCUCUUAGCCACGCAGUCACCUCACAAAGCUCAAACAAAUUAUUUUGGAAAUUUUCAAAUGCAGCUGGAUGUCAGCACGAAGGAAACCAAACAGAAGCAUUAGCAUGCUUGCGACAAAAGAAUAGUAAAGUACUUGCUAGAGCGCAUAUGUAUGACCAUAGUUUGCGCAAUUCCUUUGACUUUGCAACAUUAUUUACCGUCUGGGGGCCUAAGCCUGAUGGCAUAUUAUGGGAUGAAAAUUCUUUUGUAGCAGCACAAAACUUGGUUGAUAUACCUAUUAUUGCAGGAUGCUUGGAGGAUGAAGGAACACUAAUUGCCUUUGCAUUUUUAACAACAUCGACUGAAAAGUUUGCAAACGCACUGCAUCGAAUUUUCCCGUAUGCACGCGACAUACUAAGCUCCUUUUUGAGCAUGUACCCACAAAAUCCCGCUGAAGGAGCUCCCUUUAGGACUGGCCCACAUAAUGAACUUUGGCCCAAUUUUAAAUGGCUAUCGGCAAUUCUCACUGAUCUUAUUUUUACAAUGCCGCGACGAAUCAUGCUCAAGUAUGGAGCCACACCUACAAGGAAAUCGCCAUUAUACACGUUUUUUGCAGACCCAUUGCACAAUCGGCUUCCAUUCUUAGGGAGUACCCAUUAUAGCGACAUUUCAUACCAGUUUUACGCAACAGAGAGUUUCCCCAGUAAUGCCUACCGCAAGUAUUUUAUUUCGUUUGCUAAUCACUACAAUCCAAACACAAACAAUGGGGGGUUACAAUGGUGGCCAUUGUAUGAUGAUAAAGAAAAAUUGAUGCUUCAUAUUGGAAGAGAUUCUGGAGAUAUCAUUCAAGAUACUUUUCGGGGAGAUCGGACUGACUUUGCAAUGAGGAAUUUAUCAUUUUGGGAGACUUAUUGA